AUGGACCCUAAAACAGAGAAGAGGUUCCACAACUUGACCCUCGAGCAAGUCCAGGCUCUUGACCAAGUCCUGACUGAGGUGAUCCCAAUCCAUGGGCGGGGAAAUUUUCCCACGCUGCAGGUGAGAGCAAAAGACAUCAUCCGAGUGGUGAAGGACCGGCUGAUCGAAAGAGACAUCCAGGUUAAAGACAUUCGCCUUAACGGAGCGACUGCCAGUCACAUCCUAGUGAGGGAUAACGGCCUGGGCUACAGAGACUUGGACAUCAUUUUUGGAGUGGAGCUGCCCAGGCAGGAGGACUUCCAGGUGAUUAAGGAGGUGGUGCUGGGCAGCCUGAGAGACCUCCUCCCCUGUGGAGUCAACAGACGGAAGAUCACCAGCCUCACAAUGAAGGAAGCAUACGUGCAAAAGAUGGUGAAAGUCUUCAACGAGCAUGACCGGUGGAGCCUGAUCUCACUUUCCAACAGCAGAGCCAAAACAGUGGGACUCAGGUUCGUCAGCUCCCUUCGAAGGCAGUUUGAGUUCAGCGUGGACUCUUUCCAGAUCAUCUUAGAUCGCAUGCUGGAGUUCUACUGGGAGACGGAAAAGAAACUCACGGCUGAAGGGGAACCCAUCAUUGCCGUCGAAGCCAAGUGCAUGUAUGGAGACUUUGACCAGGCGAUGGACCAUCUUCGCCACCGCCUAAUCGCCACCAACAACCCAGAGGAGAUCCGCGGAGGGGGGCUGCUAAAAUACAGCGACUUGCUGGUGAGGAACUUCAGGCCAGCCAGCGAGACCAAGAUCAAGUCUUUGGAGCGUUACAUGUGCUCCCGCUUCUUCAUCGACUUCCCUGACGUGAGCGAGCAGCAGCGAAAGAUCAAGGCUUACUUGCAGUGCCACUUCGUUGGCAGCGAGGAGGCGAGCAAGUAUGACUACCUGAUGACCCUGCGGCGGGUGAUAGACGAAAGCACGGUGUGUUUGAUGGGGCACGAGAGGAGGCAGACGCUCAACAUGAUCACCGUCCUGGCUUUGAGGGUACUGGGCGAACAGAAUGCCAUCCCCAACACGGCAAACGUCACUUGCUUCUAUCAGCCGGCGCCGUACAUGACAGAGCCCAUUUACAACAGCUACUUCAUCCCUCAGGCCCAGCCCCCACUCGUCUACCACCCCUACCCUCUACACGUCCACAUGCAGACUGGACUUGUGUAG